AUGAGCACGCUCGACGACGACGACAAGGAGUUUGUGCGCGCCCUCGUCGCUCGAUUGCGGCACUUUCACCCGCAGCUGCCGGCCACCUUCGACUGGGAGACGCAUGAGGCCGGCAUGGAGACUGCGUACGACGACGGCCUCGCCGACCACGUCAACCGGCUCGUGCGUUUCUUCGUCGACGGCGAACUCGUCCCGCACGAGGCGUGGGCGAGCCCGAGGCCGUACUCGAUCCGCAGCGGCGACUACGUGUUCCUGCAAGGCGACUGCACAAAGAACAACCCCGGUGUCGUCGUCGUCCCCUCGCACGACAUCCGCGUCCGUCCCGUCCUCGACGAGCCCCACGGCGUCGCCUUCUCGCACUGGGAGGCGCCGACGGCGCACGACGCGCUCAGGCCCUUCUCGUCGACGCUGGCCGGGCCCUCGCCCGUCGUGCACUCGCCGCGCUCGGGUACGCCUCGCGCUGAGCUCUUUGCGCGCGGCACGUACGGCAAAAUUGGGGCGGGCGGGAUGCUGCGGCACUACCGACUCGACUCGAGAAGUAUCGCCCUGCGCCAAGCCGCCGAGCACAACCACCUGUCGCUCGUCGUCCCGGGCACUCGGCUCGACCGGCACGGCGUCCAGUGGGACUUUGCGCGCCCCGUCGCGCCGCCCACGCCGCUCGAGUCGUACGCCGAGCACCCGCCGAGCGGCGCCCUCUCGCUCGACCCUCGCUCGGGUGCGCUCAACCCGCAGUCGACGCCAUCGUCGCUCGCCGUGUGGAACUUCUUCCACGGUCAGUGGGUCGCGCGAGGGGUCGCGAGGGGCAAGGAGCCCGGGUUCUACACCGUUUGCUUCAGUGCGCAGUAUGACCGGGCGUGCGAGGAGGCGAGGGAGGUGCUCAAGGAGCGGCGGCGGUCCGAGCGGGAGGCGUCGCUCGGCAAGGAGGCGUACUUGCCAACAGCGAGGGCGUCCGCUCGUCGGCACUCGCUCGUCUCGUCUAGACGUCUCGAUUAG